CCACGCUCUUGGCUAUGCACUUGUCAUGGAACUCCACCCAUCCCUCAGUGUAGUCCUUGCUGUGGGACUGCUUUCUUCCCUCCCAUGGCUGCUGCUGCCUCCUUCUUGCGUCUCACAAACCAGUCCUCAGCCUGAAAGAACGCGUCUGACCUCACCAUAGGCACUGAGAAGGUUGCGGACGUGUAGGGGCUGGAAGUGUGGUGGGAUAUGGCCCAGUUACCAGGUGACUACUCAGCAUUCUUGCUAACAUUGUAUGGUGUGCUUAUUUGCUCACACUCAUCAACAUGAAUUGAUGUUAGAUUUGAGAUGGUGGAAAAGAGAGAGGUAAUACAGGAUUUUAAGGUAAUAGGACACAUUAUGGGUGGUCAUAUUAUGAAAACCAUUUAAUGCUAAUUCUAGCCACUACUUUAGGAUGGUUUGGAAUAGGAAAGAAUUUGAGAGAGGUUCAAGAUGGGGAGAUAUAUUGUGAAGCCAUUGUAGUUUGGCAAGUCAGUGGGGCCUAAAAUAAGGUGGGAGUUAGUUGCACCAGUUAAUUUGAUAGAUACUAAAGUAGUGUAACCAUACAAUGGGUUCACCUUGCUCACUGCCUAGAUAGAGCUGAUUUAUCAAGACAAGGGAAUUGCAGUAGAGAAAGUUACUUACUCAUGGCAGAGCCAGCUGUGUGGGAGAUGGGAGUUUUAUUACUCAAAUCUGUCUCCCCGAGCAUUUGAGUAAGGGAGGAGACUACCCCUCGUGUUAUCUUAUGCCCAAUUUCUGCCUCCAAAGAAAGAAGUAAAAACUAAAAGGCAGAAAUGAAAUCCACAAGCCCACAGCCCAGUGCCGCGCCCUGGCCUGGUAGUUAAAGAUCAGCCCCUGACCUAACUGGUUAUGUUGUCUAUAGAUUCCAGACAUUAUAUGGAAAAGUAUUGUGAAAAUCCCUGUCCUGUUCUGUUGCGUUCUGAUUAUGGGUACAUGCAGCCCCCAGUCACAUACCCACUGCUUGCUCAAUUGAUCAUGACCCUCUUACACGGACCCCCUUGGAGUUGUGAGCCUUUAAAAGGGACAGGAAUUGCUCACUUGGAGAGCUCGGCUCUUGAGACAGGAGUCAUGCCGAUGUUCCUGGCCAAAUAAACCGCUUCCUUCUUUAACUUGGUGUCUGAGGGGUUUUGUCUGUGGCUCUUCCUGCUACAUGGGGAUCAGAGUUUUUACGGAUAAUUUGGUUGGGGGAUGGGCAGUGAGUUGGGAGUACUGAUUGGUUGGGACCAAGAUGAAAUCAGAGAGAGUCAAAGCUGUCCUCUUGUGCCGAGUCAGUUCCUGGGUAGGGGCCAGAAGACCACAUGAGCCAGUUUACUGAUCUGGGUGAUGGCAGCUGAUCCAUCAAGUGCAGAGUCUGCAAAAUAUUUCAAGCACUGAUUUUAGGUUUUACAACAGUGUUGUUAUCCCCAGGGGCGAUUUGGGGAGGGUCAGAAUCUUGUAGCCUCCAGCCGCAUGACUCCUGAAACAUAAUUUCUAAUCUUUUGGCUAAUUUGUUAGUCCUACAAAGGCAGUCUGGUCUCCAGGAAGAAGGGUUUGGUUUGGGAAAGAGCUGUUAUUGUCUUUGUUUUAAGUGGUUCCUAACCUGUUUGGCACCAGGGAAAAGUUUUGUGGAAGACAAUUUUUUCAUGGACUUGGGGGUGGUGGGGAUAUGGUUUCAGGAUGAAACUGUUCCACCUCAGAUCUUCAAGAAUUAGUUAGAUUCUCAUAAGGAGCGUGCAACCUGGCUCCUUGCAUGUGCAGUUCACAAUAGAGUUUGUGCGCUCCUGUAAGAAUCUUAAUGCCACUGCUGAUCUGACAUCUGACAGGAGGUGGAGCUCAGGCUCCACCCGGUAAUGUGAUAAUGCCAGCCCAUCUGCUGCUCACCUCCUGCUGUGCGGCCUGUUCCUAACAGGCCACUGACCAGUAGCAGUCCAUGGCCUGGGGUUUGGGGACCCCUGUUUUAAACUAUAAACUAAGUUUCUCCCAAAGUUAGUUUGGCCUGUGCCCAGGAAUGAACAAGUUUGGCCUAUGCCUAGGAAUGAACAAGGACAGCUUGGAGGUUAGAAGCAAGACAGAGUUGGUUAGGUCAGAUCUCUUUCACUGUUUGAGUUAUAGUUUUGCAGUAGCAGUUUCAGUAGGAAAUGACUUGUUCUAGAAGUGAAAUGAGAGCACCUUCUCUUAACUCUGACUUUUUUCCUCUUCAGUGAUUCACAGUACUGGAAAUAAAUAAGAAUUACCUACAUAGCAAAUUCCCAGAGAUUCUGAUUGAAUUUGAAGUGUGGAACAACAUGGCUAUUUAUUUGUAAAGAAAAACAUUUCAUAGAUUUUAAUGAGGAACCAGAGCUGAACCACACUAUCCCAUUUUAGCUUGUAAACCAAAAAAAUAAAAUUUGAACUGCCCACCACCCUGGCCCCCAGCAACCAUCUGAAUGGACUCUCCCUCCUUGGCCAGGGCACUCUAACCUGAAAGACUGGUUCAGGUCAUGACUGGAAGUGGGAUUUGCACAUGCCUCAUUAUACCGUUCCAGCAUUAGCAUCAACACAGACCUGGAGUCUGAUAAGAAAUAUUUACAGUUUAUUUUCUCUGAAGCCUGUUAUGUUACCUGGAGGCUUCAUCUGCAUGGUAAAAACCUUGGUCUCCACAACCCCUUGUCUUAACCCAGACAUUCCUUUCUACAGAUAAUAACACUUUCAACCCAUUGCCAGUCAGAAUAUGUUUAAAUCUACCUGUCACCUGGAAGGCUCCUUCCCCACUUGAAGCUGUCCUACCCUUCCAGAUGGAACCAGUUAAGUCUUACAUGUAUUGAUUGAUAUAUUAUGUCUCCCUAAAAUGUAUAAAAGCAAACUGUACCCUGACCACCUUGGGCACAUGUCGUCAGUACCUCCUGAGGCUGUCACUGGUGCAUCCUUAACUUUGGCAAAAUAAACUUUCUAAAGUGACUGAGACCUGUCUCAGAUAUUUUGGGUUCAUAAGCUCCUAAAUUUAGUAAAUUCCUGUUGGUGCUAAAGAAAAAGCAUGUUGUCUUGGAUUGAAAACUAAAGUUUUACCUACUCGUUAUGAUAAUGCUUUGGUGGUGUUAAAUAAGUGGAGAAUAAAGUAGUAAAACAAAGUGCUCUUCAGUGAGUAUUGAAUAAGUACAUGUGACAUGUUAAGCUUGUGGGUGGAGUGAAGUGUGGACAUUUUUUAGAGAAAGUAGCAUUUGAAACAGACCUAAUGGAAUGGGUAAAGCUUCUGAGGACACAGUUAUAACGGUGAGUGUUAGGAUUAGGUAGGUCAGGUUAUACAAAGGGAAGAGAUUGGGAAGUGUGGUGUUUGCCUGGGGAACUCUAAAUCUAGGUUAGUUAGGUCUUUGGUUCAUUUGUUAGAGAUGGGGAGGGAAAGAUUGCCCAGUAAGGAGUCAGAAAUUAACUCUUCAGAGAAUGGAUAUUCUUUCAGGAUUUUGAGUAUUCCUCUUCUACUGGGGAAUAAGAGGAAGAAAAAGUGAAGUUGUGGUUUAGAGAAGGAACAUUAUUCAGGCUUAGAGAGUUCUUAGGAGAUGUGGGAAUGUUCUGACACCAUUAAUGAUGUUGAAGACCGUGACUUGGUUGCCUCAUGGCCCCAGUAAGGAAGAGAAAGAUGGGUGUCCUUACAGAGGAAUGUUUUAAAGGAAGUUGGGCUACUCACAAGUUACUACAUAAGAAAGCAAUGUGCCUGAUUUUUGGAUUACAGAGAGAAGGUGUUAUGUAAUGUCUUAAACUGGCUUCACCAAACUUUGUGACCAUGGGUUACUCUAAGUCUCACCUCCAAGAUGCUGGAAUCAUAGGUUUGUGUAAGGAUUAAAUAAAGAAAUCCAUGAGAAGUGCUUAGCAUGUGUACCAUGCCUAAAGAUGAAAAGGCAAAGCGAGAAGUGUCUUCCUGGACUGUGGAAGGUGAUAUUAAUACUGACCCAUGGGCAGGUUAUCGAUAUACUGGUAAACUCAGACCACAUUAUCCACUGAUGCCAACAAGGCCAGUGCCAAGUUAUAUUCAAAGACCAGAUUAUGCUGAUCAUCCCUUAGGAAUGUCUGAAUCUGAACAGGCUCUUAAAGGUACUUCUCAGAUUAAAUUACUCUCAUCUGAAGAUGUAGAAGGGAUGCGACUUGUAUGUAGGCUUGCUAGAGAAGUUUUGGAUAUUGCUGCCAGCAUGAUUAAACCAGGUGUAACUACUGAAGAAAUAGAUCACGCUGUACACUUAGCGUGUAUUGCAAGAAAUUGCUACCCUUCUCCCCUGAAUUAUUAUAAUUUCCCGAAGUCUUGUUGUACCUCAGUAAAUGAAGUCAUUUGCCAUGGAAUACCAGACAGACGGCCCUUGCAAGAAGGUGACAUUGUUAAUGUGGACAUCACUCUUUAUCGCAAUGGUUAUCAUGGGGACCUGAAUGAGACAUUUUUUGUUGGAGAAGUGGAUGAUGGAGCACGAAAACUUGUUCAAACCACAUAUGAGUGCCUGAUGCAAGCCAUCGAUGCAGUGAAGCCUGGUGUUCGGUACAGAGAAUUGGGAAACAUUAUCCAGAAGCAUGCCCAAGCAAAUGGAUUUUCAGUUGUUCGAAGCUAUUGUGGGCAUGGAAUCCACAAGCUUUUUCAUACAGCUCCCAAUGUACCCCACUAUGCCAAAAAUAAAGCAGUUGGAGUGAUGAAGUCGGGCCAUGUAUUUACAAUUGAGCCAAUGAUUUGUGAAGGCGGAUGGCAGGAUGAAACCUGGCCAGAUGGUUGGACUGCGGUGACAAGAGACGGAAAGCGGUCUGCUCAGUUUGAGCACACCCUCCUGGUCACAGACACUGGCUGUGAAAUCCUAACCCGGCGACUUGACAGUGCACGGCCUCACUUCAUGUCUCAAUUUUAAUUUCUCCCAAGAUGGCACAUCUCAGUGAUACCUUCUUACUGUACUAUGCAUUUUAUUGAGAGUACAGAAAGGAAGAGGAACCUUUUUUAAAUCAGUUGUUUUGUUUUGACUAUAGAUAAGAAAGGACUACAGCAUUUGAUGUGUGUCCUCAAGAACUUGUCUUGGGUCUGAAAAAACUGAGAAGAAUAAAGGAAACAUUGCUCAACUCUUCAGCCCCCUGCCCCUGCACACCUGUUUUCUCAUUUGCCCUUUGAGCACUUUUACUUAAACUUGCUUCUAGUUGCUUUUAUCACUGCCACAAAACAGCCAUCAAGAGCCAGCUGCUUUCCAGGUGAACAUUGGAAAUGAGAAUCUUUGAAACUUUAGCAAUAUAUGUUGCACCAGAUUUUUUAAAUUAUAUAUAUGGAAAUAUAUAUGUAUACAUUUUAAAUUCCGUAUACAUAAUUACCAAACACUAUGUGACCUGGGGUUUGUGUUGUUUCUGCUCUGACAGGUUUAUAUGCUCUUACAAAUGGAUCCAUAGUUUGCAGUGAUUUAAUUCCUGGUUGGGAUUUGGCCUCCCCUUUCCCCCAUGCUAAUUAUUUACCCUUGUAAUUGUGCAUAGGGAAGCACUCACCCAAUGAGACUUUCUCCAAUGUGGACUCUGUGUGUCAGUGAAUGAAUGUAGUAAAAUUCACUUUGGAAGGUUAUUAGGCUUUUAAAAAUCUAGUUUAUGGCAAAAAUAGCCAUUUUCCAAGUGGUGGCUGACUGUUGCAGGGAAUGAGAAUUUCAUAAUACACUAUUUCAGACCUCUGUUUGGUCAGAAAUGGAAAAGAAAAAGCCCCCUUUCUUCCCUUUUCUGUUUUACUUCAAGGGCAUACCUUGGAGGUGCUCAGAGAAGCGUGAAGGUUGCACUAUGGUGGAGGAUGGGGAAAGAGUUCUAAAGUGUCUGCAGCUGUGAGCCCAGGCGGUCAAGUGGGCUAUUAAAAUCUAACGUUGAGUAAACGUGAUAGUGAUGAGAAAGGAAUUUUGUGUACUGUAACCUUGCAGUAGAGAUGCAGCUGUCCUUCGUGUGUGGAAACACACCUCUCCUUUACAUAGUUGGGAACCUCAUUAGAAAUGACCUCAGCUGCCCAAUAUCUACGUUCCUUUCAGCAGUUGUCCAAGUAGGAGUGUAUCCAGUGAAGACAUAUCAGAUCACAAAGUCAUUGUCACUAGAGUGUACUUGAUUACUGGGCAUCCUUGUAAUAUAAUUUCAUACCACUGACACAUUAUACUUGUAAGAGAACAUCUUUCCCAGAGUGCCUCAGACCUUAUUGCUUUAAAAAUAAUAAUGUUUUCAUUACUUUUAUUAUUUGAGUGAUUUAGUGAAGUUGACUGAAUCUGGUAUAGACUUUGGGAGUAUGUGUGUGAAGUUUUUAUCAAACUGUAAUAUUUGUGAAUGGAAUGCCUUGCAAUAUGAAUGUUAAUAUAAUGUGUAAAGGGAGAUUAAAAAGUUUGAAUGAUUAUCCUA